AUGGCGUUGCCGCGUCUAUAUUUCGUGGUCAUGAAGGCCACGGCCCGGUAGCUAAUGCGGCUUUACUGACACCGCCACGACAGCUGGAGAUGGUACUAUCAGCAACGAGGCUGGACACUCAUAUUCAAGGAGAAGGUCCUGGUCCUCGUCCACACCAUGACGAAUACAAGAAGAAGAUGAACGAGGACUUGUUCCGACACUCUGCCGAAGACGUGGCUAUGUUUCAGCUGCUGAUAUCCCAAAAAUACGAUGGUGGGAGAGAGAUUCCGGAACCUAUGAUAUGCCCUAUCUGUCUCAAGGCAGCAAGAGAACAUCAAGAUGGGGAGAAGUCUAGUUCCUUGUACUAUAGUUAAGGCUACAUCAAGAGAUCCAUCUUCUGAAGCUUCUGGGUCACGUUUUUCAAUGGAAAAGGGGGCCCGAAGCACUGCUGCGGAUGGACUUCCCUUAGUUCUAAUAUAGGCAUCUCUGUGGGCAUGCUUUGUGUGCGAAGUGCAAGAAUAAGAUGGUCAAAAACGCAAGAAAGAAAGCGAAAGACGAAGGACGGGCGAUGGAAAUAUAUUAUGGGAACGGUCGGCGGCGCGGCAACGGGAUUGAUGCAGUGAGGACUGCGAGGAUUGCGUACGCAGCGGAGCAAAGCUGUGUAGUCUGUCGGCAAGGUGGAGAGCUUGAAGACCUUGUGCCGACACAAGAAGAGGAAAACCUAGAAAACCUACUCUUGAAGAUAAGGGAAGGCUGUCAAAGUGGAGCAAACACGGGAUCCACCUCAGACGAGUCAAGCACGGACGAGGAAAGUUCUAGCACAGAAGAAGAUGAAACAGAGGCUCUUCUUGAAGAGAAAGUACUAGAUUAAGGCUUCCCCUAAUCCAUCUCCUCUAUAGGGAUCCCCCAAACAUAUGCGCCCCAAUACAAGGGAGACACUGACGCAUAUGCUUCAGGGAUUUCCAGUUCCACAGGGAUGAAUAGGGGAGAGCUCUAACUAGAGUUGCCAUCCUCCUCGCAAGACAUCUCGGAGCUAUCGUUAUGUCCACGGCGGUGGCAGCCACUGGAAGUACCCCUUACAGUAGCAAGAGAUGUGGAUGCUCGUUUUUUCAAGCGUAGUGAAGGCGAAGAUGGCGUCCUCUUAGAUGCAGCUGUUCGUAAAAAGCUAUGGAAGGAUCUGGAGCAACAAAUGCAGCAUGAAAAAGAAACUUGGCUUGAUCAUGUCCGAAAGCACCAGGGAAAAAAUCAAGCCAAUAUUAUUACUGCGCAUAGGAGGGAGAGGGAUACUCCUACUCCUAUGCUUAGAAGGACCGAACAGCAGACGAGUGGUGCUCGUACUUCUGCUUCCAGUCCCAGUUCCAUGCUCUUGCAGCCACGGCGGCAGGAAGAGCCGCCUUUGCAGCUGACAUCGGGAUUGUAUAUCCGGCAACGAAAAAUGUUAGACUUGGUACAAAAAGUGGGUGCCGUGAAAGCAAGUGAGUUCGUAGUAGAAAUUCUACGAGCCCCUGUGGCGGAUUCUGUGUCUAAAUUCCUGGAUAGUGUGUUAUCAGCUGAAAAGGUAGAAGCUGCCAAGCAUCGACAGGGUACUAUCUGGAAUGGUAUAGUGGAAGGUCUGAAGUGUAUCAACCAGGAAUAUUUCGAGCCCCGCAGGGAUCUGGUAAUGAGCUACAUUGUCACUACCCCAGAUGGUCACCAGCAUCCCUUGGACGUGCGGGUUCGACGUGGCUCCGCUAUCAACCCCGAGGGUGAUGUGAGCCCAUGCGCGUAUUGCUGCUUUGUCGCGUGUAUCUGCUGUCCUCAUAGCUGUAGUAUUUGUGUUUACAAGCAAUUUGAGCACUCGCGUUACCGGAACCCGUAUUGCCACGAAACUGUAAUGCCGAUUUUGCUAGACUGCAGCACUGUGGCUGCGUGUGGGGCCCUUGUGAUUGACCCAAGCCUCACCUCGACAGCGGCGUGUCUCACUAGUUCUUGUCCUAGCGCAUGUUGUCCUAGCGCAUGUUGUACAAGCGCAUGUAGUGCAGUACACCCACCUUGGUGCAACACGACGUUGACGCUUUCCUGUAUUCUUCUUGCUUCGCCUCUAUUGCGCCUUUGCGCUUUCACUGAAGACAACUACCACAACUCCUCUGAAGAAAGAUUAUGCAGACUUGCACGCGAACUGGUCACGGACAUGGCAACACCCUACGCAACCUGCGUAGAAGAGGUUCGUCUCGCUUGUCGUUUCAUUUGUUGUGGAGGAAGAAUAUUUGAAGAAAAAAAAGAAGAACUGCAUCGCCUCAAGACAGCCGAGAUUGCAGCAGCCUUAAGGGAGUCCUUAAGCGGAGAGAGUGGAAGCGGAGAGAGUGGUCGAGAUCAUCCUUUGCGAGAAUCGUCUUCAUCUUCAUCUGGUGGACGUGGAGACGCAGAGCAGCUUGCAAUUUCACCAGGUGGAAGCAGUACUAGCUACAACAAUGUGCUCUCAGAGUUCAUAUCAUCAUUAUCUUCGUCACCCUCGUCUGGUGCUGGUGGUGGUGUCCCUCUUCGUCGAGAUGUCACUGCACAAAAUUUGGUAGAAGACUUGCGAUUGGCGCUGUUGUGGGUAGAGCAUCCCGUAGUUCACAAGUAGGACCAGCAAAUGACAGAAGCAUGUUUUUAAUCUAAAAGAAGUGUCGCGUGCUUGAUUCUUUUUCUUGCUUCUAGCUUCAGGACAACUGUACACUGAUAAUAAAGAUCGUUUGGUGACAUGAUCUUUUAAGGGCGGAUGAGUGAAAAACCAACACAUGAUCGCGUGGUCUUUUCAACCCCUGGAGUGGGUACAUUCAUUCACUCACUCAUUUAGAAGAACAUCCACAUGGCGGCGCCUCUGCCAGAACCUCCACAUUGAGGCGCAUGAUGUGCAAAAAAUUCAAAUCUUCCUCACGGUGAAGUGAGUCUUUUCUGUUGGUAAUGCGCAGGAUCCAUCGACUUCUCUCCUGCUUCUAGUUCAACAUUGGCUACUUCUCACCCUCACGUUAUUAAAUUCUUCACUUUUGAACAGGACUUGCGCUAGCAGCGAGAGUAGCAAGAGUAGAAUAGAGAGCAUGACGUUGUAGUUGACCAGUUGGAAAUCAGUAGGCAUAUUAGCAACCACAAAAGAAGAUGCGAUUGCGAGCAAAGCUUUUCUUGCCCAGCGAGAACCUGAAUUGGAACUACCCACUAUCUAGCAAGGUUUGAAGAACAAGCGG